GCGACAUCUGACGGAGCUACCAGCGGGCCAAUAGGCGUUACGAAGUCACGUGACCCUCCAUGGAUCAAAAACCAACUGUUUGUGGUCUCUUAUUGGAGGAUCCUUGAAGGGUAGAACCUUGUUCUCUCCAGGUAACGCACCGUUCUUGGAAUUUUCAAACCUCCAAAGAAUCGCAGGAUCGCAUCUCUCACGUUGCGAAAACCUCCACCGAAUUUCAUCGAUAACUCCGCAGGUGGACGACGACAAGCUUUACCUAUACUUGAGCGCUGCUAUCGAUCAAUCAUGUCCCAAAGCACGAAUUCCUCGUCAGGGGUGGCGAUUGACGAGGAACAUGGGCCACCAUCAGAGGAAGUCAGGAUACCUAUGGCUGGUCCUAAUGAAGAAGAGAAGGAGAUUAUCAACAGGCAACUUGUAGCACCAACACUGACCAUUGGAUAUUUCGCGCUGUUUCGAUAUGCAAACAUGAACGAAUUGAUCAUCAUGGUAAUCGCGCUAGUCGCGUCCAUCGCUGCUGGAGCGACCAUGCCCCUUAUGACGCUUGUGUAUGGCAAUUUUACAGCUAGCUUCACUUCGUUUUCCGUCCAUUCAGUGGCUGCAAAGCAUUUCCAGGACCAAAUCAACCAGUACACACUUUAUUUCGUUUACCUUGGUUUUGCGUCAUUCAUCAUGUCGUGGAUCAGUUUUGUCGGCUUUUCCUACUCGGGAGAGCGUAUAACGCAACAGAUCCGCGAGUUGUAUUUACGUGCAAUCUUCAGGCAAAAUAUCGCUUUUUUUGACUUCCUCGGCCCAGGCGAGGUCACCACGCGUAUUAGCUCCGAUAUGAACAUAGUGCAAGAUGGCAUUGGACACAAGAUCGGGUUAUUUAUCACAGGAGUCUCCACCUUUGUGUGUGCCAUUAUUAUUGGCUUCAUACGGUCUUGGAAGCUCUCGUUGAUCAUGCUCUCUGGGACUGUAGCCCUGCUCAUGAUAAUGGGUCUCAACGGGACUAUGAUGAAGAAGACUCAGACCCUUUCGAUGGACGAAUAUGCUACAGCUGCUUCACUUGCCGAAGAGAUUCUCGCUUCGGCUCGCAAUGUUGCCGCCUACGGAACCCAGAAUCGGUUCCAACAGAAAUACAAGAUCUUCCUGGACAGGGCAUCCAAUCACGACUUCAAAGCCAAGCUUUGGCUGUCACUAAUGAUCGCUGAUGUGAUGGCAAUUCUGAACCUUCAAUAUGCGCUGGCUUUCUGGCAAGGGAACAGAUUUCUGCAUAACGGAGAAUUGGGGGUUUCCAGCAUUGUUACCGUUGUGAUGGUGAUUAUGACCGCCGGAUUCUCUAUCGGUAGUACCCUACCACAUAUCCAGGCUUUCGGCGCAGCAACUGCAGCCGCGAACAAGGUAUUUAACACCAUUGAGCGCAAAUCUCCGAUUGACCCGGAGUCAGACGACGGAGAUAUACCGGAGAGCUUCGUGGGUAACAUCGAGUUUAAAAACGUGAGGCACAUAUACCCAUCUCGGCCAGACACUACGGUUUUGACAGACUUUAACUUGAAGGUACCCUCAGGCAAGAUGAUUGCGCUCGUUGGGGCCUCGGGGAGUGGAAAGUCGACAAUCAUAGGUCUCUUAGAACGGUUCUAUCUGCCUGUGAAGGGUCAGAUUCUCUUAGACGACAAGGAUAUUACGACGCUCAACCUGAGAUGGCUCAGACAACAUAUGGCUGUCGUCAGCCAAGAGCCUGUUUUAUUCAGCACAACGAUUUAUGACAGCAUCGCACACGGUCUGGUCAAUACCGAGUAUGCCGAUGCAUCAAAGGAAAGGAGGACGGAGCUCAUUGAGAGAGCGGCACGCAUCGCCAACGCCCACGACUUCAUCAGCAACCUACCAGAGAAGUACCAAACCAAGGUUGGAGAACGUGGCAACCUUCUCUCGGGUGGGCAGAAGCAACGUAUUGCAAUUGCACGUGCUGUCGUUUCAGACCCUAAAAUUCUUCUACUCGAUGAAGCUACAGCAGCCCUCGAUACAAAGUUAGAAAGAACUGUUCAAGAAGCGCUCGAUCGUGCAGCAGAGGGUCGGACCACCAUCGUCAUUGCUCACCGACUCUCAACCAUAAAGCAAGCCGACAAUAUCGUUGUCAUGUCGAAGGGACGGAUUGUCGAGCAAGGCACGCAUGAUGAGCUAUGUAGACUUGAUUGCGUGUAUGCCAGCCUCGUUCAGGCUCAGGAACUUAUUUCAAAGAUCAACACAGGUAACCGUAUGUCGGUUCAGAUCGAUCCCGAGAAAGAGGAUGUUAUCGAGGAAAGCGAAAAGCCUGCUCUGGCUCGAGCGGUGACGUCCAUACCAUCAAUGGUUGCGAAGACACCUGAGAAAGAGGAGGGAACAGAUCACAGCACCUGGGCGCUUGUUAAGUUCACUUGGAAGAUUAAUACAGGCGAGCACAUGACAAUGGCGAUCGGAUUGAUCUUCAGCUUCCUCGCUGGCUGUGACCCGGCUAUUCAAGCCAUCUUCUUAGGAAACUCGAUCAACUCCCUUCUUUCACCAGGCACAUCACUAAGCAGCCUAGGAGUAGGCUUUUGGUGCUGGAUGUUCUUCAUGCUUGGUCUCGUCAAUUGGUUAUUCCACUUCGCUCAUGGCUUAACGCUCUCUAGAAGCUCAGCCCGUCUGAUUGGGAACGUGCGCCAGAGCGCGUUUGCCGCCAUGCUCCGUCAAGAUAUGGAGUUCUACGAUAGUGAUAUGGUCACAUCUGGCGCCCUCGCGAACUUCCUGUCAUUGGAAUCGAACCGCCUGGCCGGAUUGAGUGGUUCCACACUUGGCACUAUCGUCAGCGCUGUGGCCUCCGUAUUUGUUGCGAUCAUUGUCGGAUGCGCAUUUGGUUGGAAGCUAGCCCUUGUCUGCACUUCCACAAUUCCACUUGUUCUUGCGUGCGGUUACUUCCGAAUCAAAGCAAUUAUUAGUAUGGAGAAACGUACAAAUGGGAGCUCAGAUGCGGCAUCCUUUGCGUGCGAAACUGCGUCGUCGAUCCGCACUGUCGCUACUCUAUCGCUCGAAAAGCAUCUCCUCCACGAAUACCAUGGCAAGCUCGGCGACCAGGCCAGAGACAACCUCAGGUUUAUGAACGUCUCUGGUGGUCUGUUUGCCUUAUCGGAAGGCUUAAUUUUACUCAUCCUUGCAUUCGUAUUCUGGUAUGGCGGUGGCUUGAUGCUCGCCCAGGAAUACACGGUCUUGCAAUUCUUUACUAUCUACCUCGCCAUCAUAGGCGCCGCUCAAAGUGCGGGCACGAUCUUCACUUUCGCUCCUGAUAUGGGCGAGGCACGUAAAGCUGCUGCCCUCUUGAAGUCUUUCGUCAAUCGCGUUCCGAAGAUCGAUCACUGGUCUACCAAUGGCAAAAAUGUUAACACUUUGAGCGGUAAAAUCCAACUACAAGACGUGCGGUUCACAUAUCCCGGAAGACCACAUCAUUCCGUUCUGCACGGUAUCAGUAUCUGCGCCGAACCAGGACAGUUUGUUGCACUUGUUGGUGCGAGUGGAAGUGGCAAAAGCACGGUGUUGCAGCUUCUUGAGCGCUUUUACGACCCAACCAGGGGUGCCGUAUUUGUCGACGAAGUGGAUCUAAAGGACUAUAACUUGCAAGACUAUCGAGCUCAGCUGGCGAUUGUAAGUCAAGAGACGACGCUAUACACUGGAACGAUCCGUGAGAAUGUGCUCGCCGAUAAGGAGGACGUGUCUGACGAUGCAGUCAUACAGGCGUGCAAGGAUGCAAAUAUCUACGAAUUUGUCAUGUCACUCCCCGAUGGCUUCAACACCCUCGUCGGCGCAAAAGGCGCCCUCCUAUCCGGCGGCCAGCGCCAACGAAUAGCCAUCGCGCGGGCCCUCCUGCGUAAUCCCAAAGUCCUCCUUCUUGAUGAAGCCACAUCCGCGCUCGACUCAGCGUCCGAGCGGGUGGUUCAAGCUGCCUUAGACCUGGCCGCUCGGGGCCGCACAACGAUUGCGAUUGCGCAUCGUUUGAGUACCAUUCAACACGCUGAUGUUAUUUAUGUGUUUGACCAAGGGAAUAUUGUAGAGAAGGGAAAGCAUGAGGAACUGGUGAAGAAGAAAGGGGUUUAUUGGGAAUUGGCGAAAUUGCAGGCGAUGGGUGCGCCGCAAUUCUAAUAUGGUUUUCCUUUUAGAUUUUCUUGUAUAGAACUCAUAGACUUGAUGUGGAUCACUUCUAGAGGAUCAAGACUCCGUCUUCAUCUGCUCACAAACAGUCUUCUUCAACAUCUUCAUGUAAACUAGCAUACUGUAGGGCACACUACUUAGCGCGCACAGGGCCUCUGUAGAUUAGUAUUAGCGCACUUUGUAGCUGAGUCCUUACCCACUCACUUAGCAUAACACCUAACGCUUAGCAUGUCCCCUACGUUAAUAUAUU